UAGCCUGCUGAAGCCGAGGGCGGUCCUGGCGGAAGUGACAUGAUCAGCUCGCGCCCGGAGUUCAGUAGGGUCGGAAAGGGUCGCCGUGGCGGGCGCCUGGGCCGCCUGCGGCCGAACUUCGGUUUCGCGAGCCCGCGGGGGACCGUGCAGGGACCGCAGCAGAUUACUAUUUCUUGGUGUGCAUGAGGAUAACGCAAACAGUUGAGGAAAUCGCUAAGAAGCGUGUACUGGGGAUGCUCUAGGAAAAGACUGAAUGCCGAGGCAAGUUCCCGUGCAAAGGUAUUUGAUUUACCAAGAAGAGAGUGAACAUCAUGGAUCAGAACAACAGCUUGCCGCCUUAUGCUCAGGGCCUGGCCUCCCCUCAGGGUGCCAUGACUCCUGGAAUCCCUAUCUUCAGUCCAAUGAUGCCUUAUGGCACAGGACUGACUCCACAGCCUAUCCAGAACACCAACAGCCUUUCUCUUCUGGAGGAACAGCAGAGACAACAGCAGCAGCAGCAGCAGGCCCAGCAGCAGCAGGCCCAGCAGCAGCAGCAGCAACAGCAGGCCCAGCAGCAGGCUGUGACAGCAGUGCAGCAGUCGACAUCCCAGCAGGCGACCCAGGGAGCCUCGGGCCAGACACCACAGCUCUUCCACUCACAGACUCUUACCACUGCACCCUUGCCGGGCACCACUCCCCUCUAUCCUUCCCCCAUGACCCCCAUGACCCCUAUUACCCCUGCCACACCAGCCUCUGAGAGCUCUGGGAUCGUGCCGCAGCUACAAAAUAUUGUAUCUACAGUGAAUCUUGGCUGUAAGCUUGACCUAAAGACCAUUGCACUUCGUGCCCGAAAUGCUGAAUAUAAUCCCAAGCGAUUUGCUGCUGUAAUCAUGAGAAUAAGAGAGCCCCGAACCACUGCACUGAUUUUCAGUUCUGGGAAGAUGGUGUGUACGGGAGCCAAGAGUGAAGAACAGUCUAGACUGGCAGCGAGGAAAUAUGCCAGAGUUGUACAGAAGUUAGGUUUUCCAGCUAAGUUCUUGGACUUCAAGAUUCAGAACAUGGUGGGGAGCUGUGAUGUGAAGUUCCCUAUAAGGUUAGAAGGCCUUGUGCUGACCCACCAACAGUUUAGCAGUUACGAGCCAGAGUUAUUUCCUGGUUUAAUCUACAGGAUGAUCAAACCCAGAAUUGUUCUUCUUAUUUUCGUUUCUGGAAAAGUUGUACUAACAGGUGCUAAAGUCAGAGCAGAAAUUUAUGAAGCAUUUGAAAACAUCUACCCUAUUCUAAAGGGCUUCAGGAAGACAACGUAAUGGCUGUGCAUCCUCCUGCCUCUGCACCCACUUGUUUUUAAAACAAAUCAGUUUUGGUACAUUUAAAUGGUGGUGGUGUGGAUGGCCCCAAUUUGGUGAGAAAAUGGAUGUUCUGUGGGUUGUAGCACCUGGUGAAGCUCUCCAGCACGUGUUCCCCAUGGGGAUGCCGGGAAGUGGUCUUCCUUCUGCGUAGAGAACACCGCAGUGUUAUGUAAGUCGCCCGUACUGUGCUGCUCUUUGGGCAGCGCUGCCCAGUUAUUUAUAUUUAGGUUUUAAAGACACACUGCUGUCAACAAGUUGGUUUGAGGUACAAAACUUCAAGUGUUAAAGCCACCUCUACAGUUGAUUGGACUUUUUCUUUUGUUUAAUUUCUUCCCCAUAAACCACAGUUUUUAUAUUUCUACCAGAAAAGUAAAAAUCUUUUUUAAAAGUGUUGUUUUUCUAAUUCGUGACUCUUAGGGGUUAUUUUUGUGCCAGACACAUUCCGCCUUUUCAGUAUUGCAGGACAGAGUGGCCGUAUUAAUGGGAACGAAUGCUGUACAUAUUUUUCUUCCUCAGAGUACUCUGUACAAUAAAUGCUGUUUAUAAAAGUGUUAGCUUGAUGUUAUAAAUGACACCUUGUAAGAUUCAUGUGAUCAUAACUGUUAAAGUUGUAUUUUAGAUAUAAUUGCCUGAAACCGUU